AUGUUUAUUUCAGAUAAAAUUACAGAAGAUCAAGUUAUUGAAUUAACUAAAAGAGCAAUUUAUAAUCCAUACUAUAAUAAUUACAAUAGUGGAUGGAAUAGAUGGAGAUGGUUACUUUGGUUAUUAAUAUUAAUUCCAAUUAUUAUCGUGUUUAUCCUUUUUUGUUGUAGAGGUAGAAGAAAACAAGGUAAAGUAUAUUAUCCAACCUCAAAUAAUGCUCAUUAUAAUCAACAACCAGCUUAUCCACAAGGUGGUCAACAAUACUAUUACAAUGAUGCUCAGUAUAAUAAUUAUAUGCCUCCUCAAAAUCCUCCUCCAAUGUCCCAACCAAGUUAUAAUGCUGGAUAUGAUGGUGGUCAACAACAAGGAAGUUAUUAUAAUGCGGCUACUGCUGAUGAUUUUUCAAGACCUGAUGGCCCUCCACCUGCUCAUACAAAGAGUUAG